CGUCCUGGAUGGGGGAGGCGGAGCCAUAUGUUGAGGUUCCUGGUUCUAUGCACAUUAAGCCUGCGCUGGUGGUGACCCGGUCCAAGCGUUAUGCCAUCAACCCCCUGGGCCAGAAGUGGGAGCACUUUAACAUCACCUACAAAAUCACCAAGUUCCCCAACACUCUGAACAAAGAUGACACCCGCAAAGCAAUCAGCACGGCCUUCACCAUGUGGAGCGAUGUCUCACCCCUUUCCUUCACCGAAAUCACCCACCCUAAUAAGAGUGCUGACAUCACGAUUGGCUUCUACACUUUCAACCAUACAGACUGCUGGUGGUCUCCGCUGCACCCCUGCUUUGACGGGCUGAAUGGGGAGCUGGCUCAUGCCUUUCUGCCCCCACGUGGGGAGAUACACUUCGACAACCACGAGUUCUGGAUUCUUGGCAAGUCUCGCUUCAGCUGGAAACAGGGUGUGUGGCUGAAUGACCUGGUUCAGGUUGCAGCCCAUGAGAUCGGCCAUGCCCUGGGCCUGUGGCACUCCCGAAACCCAGAGGCGUUGAUGCACCCCAACGCCACAUACACUGGACAGCGAAGUAUUGCCCAGGAUGAUAUCUGGGGCAUCCAGCGCCUCUAUGGCUGUGAGGACAAGAGACGAGUGUGUGACCCGUGGGCUCGGUUGGGCUUCUGUGAGAGGAGGAAGAGCUUUAUGAAGAAACACUGUCCCCGCCGCUGUGACCUGUGCCUCGAACCCCUGGAUGCAGCUACCACGCCAACACCACCCCCAUCCAGUAUCAAGAUAAAGAUGGUCCCCCGGGGAAAGGUUGUGGGCUUCCGCUGUGGAGCAAACAAUGCUAGGGUCCCCCCAAAAGUCAGCUGGUACAAGGAUGGAGAGCUCCUCACCACCUCCAUCCCCGGCUACAUUGUGAUCAAGGACCGCGACCUUCGGAUCGUGGCCAACGAGUUCAACGAGGGCACCUACACCUGCCGUGUCCAUCGACGUGGCAAUGUGGUCUCUGCCAACUCCUGGACCAUCCGGCUGAAACCCGAUCACGCCUCCAACAGCUGA